CAGACGAUUACAUCCCCAAGCUCAUGCGACUCCAGAUCCAUGAGCAGAUCAGCACUCUUGCGCAGGGCGCUCAUUUUGGCAUCGCCAAGACCAUCACCAAGCAUACAAUGGCUUCCAAUUAUUAGCCGAGGCUUCUCGUCCGGCCGGUAUCUGUGGCGUUCUGAGGACCCUCGGAUAAAGGCUUUGGGAAGGGAGAUAUCAGAUGACUAUGCCACGAUCCGAGAAAAGUACAAGACUCCAAAAUACCCCAUCGUCCUUGCUCAUGGCCUCUUCGGCUUUGCUGAGCUUCGCCUCGCAUCCUACCUCCCAGCCGUCGAGUACUGGCAUGGCAUCCGAGAUGCCCUCACCGCACAGGGGGCGACAGUCCUGACACCUACCGUGCCUCCGUCCUCCUCCAUCGCCGAUCGCGCCGCCGCCCUUCGCUCUGCCCUCGAAGCCCAUGCGCCUGCCCCCGAGGCCGUCACCAUCAUCGCACAUAGCAUGGGUGGCCUCGACGCUCGAUACAUGCUCGCCCACCUCAAGCCCCUCCCCGUCCGAGUCGCUGCCCUCGUAACCGUCGCCACGCCGCAUCGCGGAAGUGCCUUUGCCGACUACCUCCUCGACGAGCAGAUCUCGCCGUUACACCUCCCCCGGCUAUACUGGAUGCUCGAACGGGCGGGCCUCGGCACUGCGGCCUUUGCGCAACUGACAAGGCGAUACAUGGCUGAGGAGUUCAACCCGAGCACCCCCGACUGCCCCGAUGUACACUACUUCUCAUACGGAGCAGCCGUCGAGCGACCGGCGCUGCUGAGCCCGUUCCGGCACCCACAUGCCGUGAUGACCAAGGCCGAGGGACCCAACGAUGGGCUCGUCAGCGUCGAGAGUAGCCACUGGGGCACAUACAAGGGGACUCUCCUCGGGGUGAGCCACUUGGAUCUGAUCAACUGGUCGAACCGGGUGGGAUGGACGGUGCGCGAGUGGAUGGGCAUAAGACGAACCUUUAACGCGAUUGCGUUUUAUCUGGACAUUGCCGACAUGUUGGCAAAGGAAGGAUACUGA